AUGGGGCCCGGUUUGAUACAGGAUUUAAAGACGUCUUUCCUGGCCAGGGAGGUAGGAAGGAACAUCAAGGAAGGAACUUUUGCUUCCGACGGCGGUGAUGCUGUUGACUUUUCUUCAAAUUCAAUUAAUAUGGACCUUCUUGCGUAUGAGGCCCUAUUGACUUCGUCGAUCGCGAUGUUUGCUACAACUCCUCUUGUUUGGCUUUCUGCUAGCAUCAGACACGCCAUUUUCAUUUCAUUGCUCCGUCGGGGACGGCCACAACGCGACCCAGGCCCUUGGUUCGAAAUCCGUGUAAUCUUUGGCAUUGGCAGCCGGCGAAGUUCAGCUCGCAGGCUGCUUUGGGCGCAGAGCGGCUCCGAACCUUUGGGCAGGCGAGAUGCUAUAUUUGUCCCAUUUACUUCGUUGGACCCGUCAGGCUUGUCCAUCUUUGGGUCGCGGGGAUUUGGAAGUACUGCGCAAGGCGGUGCCACCUCAAUGUAUAAACGGCGCCAUGGCGUUGGAUUUAACCCUGUCACUGGCGCUUCCGUUCUUUUCUUAGCAACCAGUGGCAGUCCGGCCGGCUCUUGGGUCUUCAGUUUCACCAACCGUUCAUGA